GCGCAGGCGUGCUAGCUCCCUGUCGCUAUGCGGGUGCUUAUAGGUGGCGGGACAGGAUUCAUUGGGACAGCCCUAACCCGGCUGCUGAAAGCCAGGGGCCACGAAGUUAAGCUGGUCUCCAGGCAGCCAGGCCCUGGUCGAAUCACGUGGGGUGAGCUCAGUAAGUCGGGGCUGCCCCUCUGCGAUGUUGUCAUCAACCUGGCUGGAGAGAACAUCCUCAACCCUCUGCGAAGAUGGAAUGAAACCUUCCAAAAAGAGGUUCUUACCAGCCGCCUGGAUACCACCCACUUGCUAGCUAAAGCCAUCACCAAAGCUGUACAGCCACCUCAGGCUUGGAUACUAGUCACAGGUGUAGCUUACUAUCAGCCAAGCCUGACUGAGGAGUAUGAUGAAGACAGCCCAGGAGGGGAUUUUGACUUUUUCUCCAACCUGGUAACCAAGUGGGAAGCAGCAGCCAGGCUUCCUGGAGACUCUACACGCCAGGUCGUGGUGCGUUCAGGGGUUGUGCUGGGCCGCGGGGGCGGCGCCAUCAGCCACAUGCUUCUGCCCUUCCGCCUGGGCCUCGGAGGCCCCAUUGGUUCAGGUCACCAAUUCUUCCCCUGGAUACACAUUGGUGACCUGGCAGGAAUUCUGAAUCAUGCCCUUGAAGAAAACCACGUCCAAGGAGUCCUGAAUGGAGUGGCUCCAGCAUCUACAACUACCAAUGCUGAGUUUGCCCAGGCCUUGGGUGCUGCCCUGGGCCGCCCAGCCUUCAUACCUGUCCCCAGCACUGUGGUACAAGCAGUCUUUGGACGAGAGCGUGCCAUCAUGCUGUUGGAAGGCCAGAAAGUGAUCCCUCGGCGGACACUGGCCACUGGCUACCAGUAUUCCUUCCCAGAGUUGGGGGCUGCCUUGAAAGAUGUUGUAGCCUGAGUAGAGAAGGAGCCCCAAGCAGGAGCUGGGCCUGUUCCUGCAUCCUGAGAAGUGGGUCAGGUGAUCCCUGUACUUGAUUGAGAGCAGAAGCCAUCUAGGUCUUACACUCUCUCCCCAUGUUCUGUUGAUCCACCCCUAUCUGAGAAACUCCAGUCUCGAGGAUGUAAUCUCAUUCUAACCUUAACCUCUUCAACUUCUUGUGGUUUCUGUGUCACAUUGUUGCCCUGGUUCUCCUAUAUGCUGUGUAGACAAAGCUCUACAGUUGUGGCAAUAAAGAUAGAGUACAUCACUAGAUCACUGGC